AUGGCUCAAGCGUUUGUGAACAGCAAAAUCCAGCCUGGGAAGGUGGUUGUGUUCAUCAAGCCCACCUGCCCCUACAGCAGAAGGGCCCAGGAGCUCCUCAGCCACUUGCCCUUCAAACAAGGGCUUUUGGAAUUUGUCGAUAUCACAGCCCACAGUGACACCAACGAGAUUCAAGAUUAUUUGCAACAGCUCACAGGAGCCAGAACGGUACCUCGGGUCUUCAUCGGUCAAGAGUGCAUAGGUGGAUGCAAUGAUCUAGUAAAUAUGCAUGAGAAAGGGGAGCUGGUGACAAGGCUAAAACAAAUUGGAGCUCUACAAUAA